AUGUUCCUCAAGAAGCCAGAUCUGACUGCUGGCUGUCGCCCAACCCUCGCCCCAGAUGAGACGCUGCUCGUUGUGCAAGACGGGGUGGGCCUCUAUGAAGGGAAAUACAAGAUUGCCUCUUGUCAAAAAGGCCAUGCCUACCUGACCUCUCACCGAGCUUGUUAUGUUGAUGAUGCCGACCCACGUGCCAACUCGUGGGCCAUUGACCUGAAGGACGUGGAGCGACAUGAAUAUCAGGCGGGCUUCCUCAAAUCAUCGCCUAAAAUAACAUUGUAUUCCAAACCCGUCAAGCGUGGCUUCGGUUCUGCAAGUCGGUCAGCCGUCACUCAAUCACCGGCUUUCCAAAGGAUCACCUCUGCGUCUUCUCCUUCAUCUCGCUCUACGAGCCCAUUCAGACCGUCUCGAGAUUCUCCAGCGGAGCUGCCUGUAGUGGUUGGGACUUGGGUUUGUCCUAUAUGCUCCUUUUCCAACCCUGUGCCGUCCAAUUUCGAUCCUACGAUUGCCACUGAGGCUUUCCCUCUGCCGCCAUGUCUAGCUUGCGGCAUCAAGCCACCCUUUGCUACUGUGCUCAAAGCGGCCAUCGCGGCGAAUGCUAAGCACGUACCUGAGAGCAUACCCCCUUCUGAGGUGGCUUCAGAUCAAGGCUCACAGCCCAGGGUAAAUCGAUCUUAUGACGAUGGCAAUACUUCCAACACCAUUCCUUGUCCUCGUUGUACGUUCCAUAACCAUCCAGGGAUGCGUGCUUGUGAGAUCUGUUCUGCACCGCUUCCUAAGCCGAUUCACCUCCAGAGAGUCGAAUUGGAGGAGUCACUCGCACGAUCUGGAUCCCCAGGACCCGAAAUAUCCGGGCUUACCUUGGAAGAAGGACAACAGCCCUCAAGUGUGAAAUUCUCCUUCCGCACUGGCGGGGACAAAGUCUUCUAUGACCGGUUAAAGAAUGCAAUGAUACAGCGCAAAUGGCUGCUGCAGAUUGCCCCUCCGAUUCCUCGGACGGAUAUCGACCCUGUCUCAAGACCUUUCAAUAGCGAAAGCAGUACACCACCUGCAUCACGACCAGUCUCCGUUGGGAUAGCUGGACUGGAACAACGUGGCCUACAAACAAGGAAGAUCAACGAAACAGUUCUGGGUAAUGCAUUCGAGGAUCUGGAGGCUCUAAUGGCAUCCGCAAAGGACGUUGUAGCUCUUGCCGAGCGCUUUGCAGUGGAAUCAGGCACUGGUCUGGGCCUUUCCAGCCCCACCUCUGAUCCUGUUCUUUCUCAGUCAGCGGCUGCCCUAGGGAUGGUCACAACAAAAGACGUCCUCGGAGACAGUUCGAAUUCGCUUUACGUGUCUGAAUUGGCCCGAAAUCUUGCCGAGUAUGCAACUGAUGAUCGACGGGGAAUUCUUCGAGGCCAGGGAGGCACCAUGAGUCUCGUUGAUCUAUGGGCCAUGUUCAACAGGAGUCAAAAUGGCGUGGAACUGGUCAGCCCCUCUGACUUUCGCAAGGCCGCCGAAGCCUGGGUGAAGCUUGGCCUUCCGGUUAAGCUGCGAAGAUUCAAGAGUGGCCUCCUCGUCGUGCAGCGACGCGAUGCGAGCGACGAGAAGACAAUCAGCCAGAUCAAGGAGUGGCUGAACUACUUGAAGGCAACCGAAGUAGAGCAAGUGCUUCCAUGGGACUGGAAAACCUACGGUUUUGGGGUGACGGCUCAACAGGCGGCCUCCCGGUUUGGAUGGAGUCUUGGAGUGGCCACCGAGGAGCUCGAGAUGGCGGAGGAACGGGGAGCGCUGUGUCGAGAAGAGGGUGUUGAAGGACUGAAGUUCUGGCUGAACUUCUUGCUUGAAGAUGAAUAG